CUAAAGUCAGAGAGUUCAGACUCCAUGUUGAGUGAACCGAGGAGGAGGAGAAGUGAAGCUGAAGCAGACUGACGUUCGAUCAGAUGAGUGUUGGUGUGGAGGAAGAGGAGGACAGAGCAGAGUCUCUGGUGUCCAACUUUCUGUCCAUGAAGAGUUACUUUUCCAAAGAUGAACCUCUGUACUUCAGGCGUGAACCAGGACCCUCAGACACAAAACUGACGUUCGAUCAGAUGAGUGUCGGUGUGGAGGAAGAGGAGGACAGAGCAGAGUCUCUGGUGUCCAACUGUCUGUCCAUGAAGAGUGACUUUUCCAAAGAUGAACCUCUGUACUUCAGGCGUGAACCAGGACCCUCAGACACAAAACUGACGUCAGAUCAGAUGAGUGUCUGUGUGGAGGAAGAGGAGCACAGAGCAGAGUCUCUGGUGUCCAACUGUCUGUCCAUGAAGAGUGACUUUUCCAAAGAUGAACCUCUGUACUUCAGGCGUGAACCUGGACCCUCAGACACAAAACUGACCUCAGAUCAGAAGAUGAUGGAGGAUGAGGAGGACAGAGCUGAGUCUUCAGCAUCCAGCUGUCUGUCUAUGAAGAGUGACCGGUCCAAAGAUCUUCCUCUAGCCUUCAGCCAUGAACCUGGACCCUCAGACACAAAAGAGAGGACGAGGAGUCAUGUUUCUGUGGAGGAGCAGCCGUCCUGCUGUGUUUUGUGUCAGGACGUCCUGAAGGAUCCAGUCUCUACCAGCUGUGGACACCGGUUCUGCAGACAGUGCAUCACCUCAUACUGGGACCAGUCUGCUUCAUCAGGAGAGUCCUCCUGUCCCCAGUGUGGAGACAGAUCCAGAACGAGAGCUGGACUGCAGACAGCCAGUCAGACCUGCACUGUGCAAAUGACUGGUGAUCUUCAGGAGGUUUUAGAUGAACAUAAGAUCAGUCUGAGGAGGAGAUGUGAAUGUGUGACUGAAGGAAGUGAUGAACCAGGAAGUGGAACCCUCCUCAACAGGAUCUACACUGAGCUCUACAUCACAGAGGGACAGAGUGAAGAGGUUAAUACCCAACAUGAGGUGAGGCAGCUUGAGACAACCUCCAAGAUGGAGACCCUCCAUGAGACUCCAAUCAAGUGCCAGGACAUCUUUAAAGCCUCACCUGACCAGCAGAGACACAUCAGAGUCGUUCUGACGAACGGCGUCGCUGGCGUUGGAAAAACCUUCUCAGUGCAGAAGUUCAGUCUGGACUGGGCAGAGGGCUUGGAAAACCAAGACGUCAGCCUGGUGGUUCUGCUUUCGUUCAGGGAGCUGAACUUGAUCAAAGAUGAGCAGUACAGUCUUCUGACGCUGCUCCGUGUUUUCCAUCCAACAUUACAGAAGGUGACAGCAGAGAAGCUCGCUGUCUGUAAGCUUUUGUUCAUCUUUGACGGCCUGGAUGAAAGCAGACUUUCACUGGAUUUCCACAACAAUGAGGUUUUGUCUGAUGUCUCACAGAAGUCAUCAGUCAACGUGCUGUUGACAAACCUCAUCAAGGGGAAUCUGCUUCCCUCGGCUCUCGUCUGGAUCACUUCCAGACCCGCGGCGGCCAAUCAGAUCCCUCCUGCAUGUGUUGACAGAGUAACAGAAGUACGAGGCUUCACUGAUGCCCAGAAGGAGGAGUACUUCAGGAGGAGAUUCAGUGAUGAAGAUCUGUCCAGCAGAAUCAUCUCACACAUCAAGACCUCCAGGAGCCUCCACAUCAUGUGUCAAAUCCCAGUCUUCUGCUGGAUCACUGCUAUAGUUCUGGACGACAUGUUGACUACAGACCAGAGAGGAGAGCUGCCCAAGACCCUGACUGACAUGUACUCCCACUUCCUGCUGGUUCAGACAAAGAGGAAGAAGCAGAAGUAUGAUGAGGGACAUGAGACGAGUCCACAGGAGCUGAUGGAGGCUGACAGGGAAGUUCUUCUGAAGCUGGGGAGGCUGGCGUUCGAACAUCUAGAGAAAGGAAACAUCAUGUUCUACCAAGAAGACCUGGAGCAGUGUGGUCUUGAUGUCACUGAAGCCAUGGUUUACUCUGGAGUUUGUACAGAGAUCUUCAAAAGAGAGUGUGUGAUCUUCCACAAAACAGUUUACUGCUUUGUUCAUCUGAGCAUUCAGGAGUUUCUGGCUGCAGUCUACAUGUUCCACUGUUACACCAGCAGGAACACAGCGGUACUGGAGGGUUUCCUAAAAGACUGGAAACCCAGCGACUCAAAACCAAGUUCUUUUUUGGAGAACAUUAAAUAUUUUCGAAACUUUGUCAGCCACUACCCAUCCCUGGAUGUCUUUCUGAGGAGCAACAUGGAGAAAUCUCUUGAAAGUAAAAAUGGCCACCUGGACCUGUUUGUUCGCUUCCUUCAUGGCCUCUCUCUGAAGUCCAACCAGAGACUCUUAGGAGGCCUGCUGGGUCAAAGAAAAAACAAGUCAGAAAUCAUCCAAAGAGCCAUCAACAACCUGAAGGAGAUGAACAGGGAUGAUAUCUCUCCUGACAGAAGCAUCAACAUCUUCCACUGUCUGAUGGAGAUGAACGACCGCUCAGUACAUCAGGAGAUCCAAGAGUUCCUGAAGUCAGAGAACAGAUCAGAGAAGGAACUCUCUGAGAUCCACUGCUCAGCUCUGGCCUACAUGCUGCAGCUGUCAGAGGAGGUUCUGGAUGAGUUGGACCUGAAGAAGUACAACACAACACUGGAGGGACGACGGAGACUGAUUCCAGCUGUGAGGAACUGCAGAAUGGCUGUGUAA